CUAUGGAGAGCGAUGGUUGCGCACGGGGCGGCGGGGAAGGCGGGCGCGGUUCCCGGGAAGGCCCGGCGGGGAACGGCCGUGAUUCGAGCCGCGGGGCACCUGGAGACCCGCAGGCAGCCGCGUCCUUGCUGUCUCCCAUGGAUCUGGGCGAAGAGCCGCUGGAGAAGGCGGCGCGCGCCCGCCCCGCCAAGGACCCCAACACCUAUAAAGUGCUCUCCCUGGUUUUGUCAGUGUGUGUGUUAACAACAAUCCUUGGCUGUAUAUUUGGGUUGAAACCAAGCUGUGCCAAAGAAGUGAAAAGUUGCAAAGGCCGCUGCUUUGAAAGAACCUUUGGGAACUGUCGCUGUGAUGCUGCUUGUGUUGACCUCGGAAACUGCUGUCUAGACUUCCAGGAGACGUGCAUAGAACCAGGACAUAUAUGGACCUGCAACAAAUUCAGAUGUGGUGAGAAAAGGUUGACCAGAAACCUCUGUUCCUGUUCGGAUGACUGCAAGGAACAUGGAGAUUGCUGCAUCAACUACAGCCCCGUGUGUCAAGGUAAGAAAAGUUGGGUAGAAGAACCAUGUGAGAGCAUUAAUAAGCCACAAUGUCCAGAAGGGUUUGACUCACCUCCUAUGCUCUUAUUUUCCUUGGAUGGAUUCAGGGCAGAAUAUUUACACACUUGGGGUGGACUACUUCCUGUUAUUAGCAAACUGAAAAACUGUGGAACAUACACUAGAAAAAUGAGACCUGUAUAUCCAACAAAAACCUUUCCCAACCACUACAGUAUCGUCACAGGUCUUUAUCCAGAAUCCCAUGGCAUCAUUGACAAUAAAAUGUAUGAUCCCAAAAUGAAUGCUUCCUUCUCACUUAAGAGUAAGGAGAAAUUUAAUCCUGAGUGGUACAAAGGACAGCCGAUUUGGCUCACAGCUAAGUAUCAAAACCUCAAGUCUGGAACUUUUUUUUGGCCAGGAUCAGAUGUGAAAAUUGAUGGAAUUCUUCCAGACAUCUAUAAAGUAUAUAAUGGUUCAGUUCCAUUUGAAGAAAGAAUUUUAGCUGUUCUAAAGUGGUUACAACUUCCUAGAGAUGAAAGACCACACUUUUACACUCUGUAUUUAGAAGAACCAGAUUCUUCAGGUCAUUCUUAUGGACCAGUCAGCAGCGAAGUCAUCAAGGCCUUGCAGAGGGUUGACAGCAUGGUGGGCAUGUUGAUGGAUGGUCUGAAAGAGCUCAACUUGGACAAGUGCCUGAACCUCAUCCUUCUUUCGGAUCAUGGCAUGGAACAAGGCAGUUGUAAGAAGUAUGUAUACCUGAAUAAGUAUUUGGGAGAUGUUAAAAAUAUUAAAGUUGUCUAUGGACCUGCUGCUCGACUGAGACCUUCUGAUGUCCCAUAUAAAUACUACUCAUUUAAUUAUGAAGGCAUUGUCAGGAAUCUUUCUUGCCGGGAACCAAACCAGCACUUCAAGCCUUAUCUGAAACACUUCUUACCCAGGCGUUUACAUUUUGCUAAAAGUGACAGAAUUGAGCCUUUGACAUUCUAUAUGGACCCACAGUGGCAACUUGCAUUGAGUCCAUCAGAAAGUAAAUAUUGUGGAAAUGGAUUUCAUGGGUCUGACAAUGUCUUUUCAAAUAUGCAAGCGCUCUUCAUUGGGUAUGGACCAGGAUUCAAGCAUGGCAUUGAGGUUGACACCUUUGAAAAUAUUGAAGUCUAUAAUUUAAUGUGUGACUUACUGAAUUUGACCCCAGCUCCUAAUAAUGGAACACAUGGAAGUCUUAAUCACCUUCUAAAAAAUCCUGUGUACACCCCAGAACAUCCCAGUGAAGCACACCCCCUGGUACAGUGCCCCAUCUCAGGAAGCUCCAGAGAUAACCUUGGCUGCUCCUGCAACCCUGCGAUUCUGCCGAUUGUGGAUUUUCAGACACAGUUUAAUCUGACCACGGCAGAAGAGAAAACUAUUGCCCGUAGUGUGCUUCCCUAUGGGAGACCCAAGGCUGUGCAAGGGAGACACAGCAUCUGCCUUCUUUACCAGAGCCAGUUUGUGAGUGGAUACAGCCACGACCUCCUCAUGCCCCUCUGGACAUCCUACACCGUCCACAGAAAUGACAGUUUCUCCACAGACAGCUUUUCCAACUGCCUCUUGCAAGACCUUCGAAUUUCUCUUAAUCCCAUCCAUAAAUGUUCUUUCUAUAAGAAUAACGUUAAAGUGAGUUAUGGCUUCCUUGCUCCACCACAAUUAAGUAAAGAUUCCAGUGAAAUAUAUUCUGAAGCUUUGCUUACUACUAAUAUAGUGCCAAUGUAUCCAAGUUUUCAAGUUAUAUGGGACUAUUUUCAUGACAUACUACUGCAGCGGUAUGCUGAUGAAAGGAAUGGCAUCAAUGUUGUCAGUGGUCCUGUGUUUGAUUCUGAUUUUGAUGGACGCUACGAUUCCUCAGAGACGCUGAAGCAAAACAGCAGAGUCAUCCGAAAUCAAGAAAUUCUGAUACCCACUCACUUCUUCAUUGUGCUAACCAGCUGUAAAGAUACAGCCCAGACGCCCUUGCAGUGUGAAAGCCUGGAUGCUUCAGCCUUCAUCUUGCCUCACAGACCUGAUAACCUCGAGAGUUGUGCCUUCAAGAAGCAUGGGACUUCAUGGAUUGAAGAAUUGUUCAUGUUACACAGAGCACGGGUCUCAGAUGUGGAACACAUCACUGGACUCAGCUUCUAUCAAGAAAGACAAGAGCCAGUUUCAGACCUUUUGAAGUUAAAAACAUACUUGCCAAUCUUUAACCAAGAAGACUGACCUUUUUUUUUCCUAUUCCCUCCUAAAACUACAUCCUAAGUCUUUUUGAGAGAACCUUAUAUUUUAUACAGCCCUCAGCCACCCACACAAUUGCAAUGCUCCAAAACUGUGACGCAGAGUUAAAACUGGGGAGCCUCUGUGAUAUGGACAUCUCAGGGAAACUUGUAGGCUCGGCGUAGCCACAGAAGAGUGUUCCUAGUGUGUCUCACACAGAUUUCAUGUGGAAGAAUCAUGCACAUUGUUCAAGUGCUGGGAGUAAAUGCAGAUCAUACCCAAAUGAGCUCUUCUUCUCUUAAGGGAGAAGUAGAUGCGGCCAUUGUUUGAAGACUGGAUAUUAGAAUCAAGUGGUUGUUAAUAGCCUUUAUAGCAUUAAUAGGACUGGAAGAGUCCCUGUGACAUUGCUAUCUCUACAAGAAUUUAAGAGUGUUUCUAGAUUCCUUUCCAUUUGGACUGUCUUUUAUAUUUCAUUUUAAUCAAAAAAAAACAUUUAACAGGAGGCAAAAUAGUUCUCAAAUCAUAUUUAUAUCUUGCCUGUGUACUCGUUCAAAAGCCAAAUCAAUCUUUUUUUUUUUAAAAAAGGUGAUUGGUUUUUGUCAGCCUAGCUCUGACAAGUUUAAUGUUAUGGAUACACUGUGAGUUGAGUCUUAACUACCUGUUACACAAUUUGAUGAUACAUUUAUAUUUUUAAAAACUCCUGUCAUGUUCACCAGUAAGUAACAGAGGUUGGAAAUAGUUCUCAAUGUGGUUCUUUUAGACUCUUAAAAUUGGGUUGCAUCUGGGUGAAAUCACAGAGAGCUUGGCAGCACAGGCAAGGUAGUUUUUAUAUCGAUGACAGGAAUGCUUCUCUCUGUGUGGAAGAAUCACCCCACCAGCAACAGAGCUGUUUUCUGCUCAGGGGUUCUUUGUGGAAUUCCAUAGAUUGGAGGAGAAUGUGACAUCAAUACCUACAUAUAUUCCUUUAUGCAGAUGACAAGUUGUACAAUUUCAGUUUCCACUGCAAUGACUAUAAUCUUUCAUUUCAGCUUGUGAAUCUUGACGGCUGCCCUAACGUUUAGGCCCCCUGAGUAUCAUUUAAGUAUUUUAUUAGUUUAUCCAAAAUGGUUAUAUGUCCUUUUUAUAAUAGGCAUUCUUCAACUGCUUAGGGGCCAGCCACAAAGACCAUUGGACAAUGUAAUUUGCACCUGAGACUCAUUUAGUAGCUUAGAAAGUGUCAUUGAUGUUUCCUUUUUUUAGUUCCACAGUUUAUAAAUGCUGUAUGUGUGUUUAUUUGUGUGUUUGUGUCUAUACAGGAUCAGUGAUUUCAAUUGUUCACUGAGUUUGCUCUCUGGUUGCUCUUGAGCCCAUGUGUAGUUUUUUAUAUUUCGCUAAUUGUAGUUUCUUUGUUUCAAAAGCUUCCUUAUGUUUUUUCCUUAUAUCUUGUAUUUGCCAAGAAAUGGUUUCCUUGUGCUGAAACUUUAUUUUUUCAUUUGUUCCAAAUGUGUUUUUAAUUGCUUAUUGAAGCAUUUUUAUGAUGGCUGCUGUAAAAUCCUUAUCAGUUGAUUCCAGUAUCUGUGUCAGUCAGUGUUUGUAUCUAUUGAUUGUGUCUUUUUGAACAUUUAAAAGGUUCUUCCUGCUUCUGUGU